UUAAAAUCGAAAGCCAGCUAUCACAAAGCCACCCGUUGAGCCGAUUCGACUUUAAACUAAACUCAAACAAGAUUUGCAAGAAUGAGAAUGUUACAUUAAACUCGUGGAAUAGGAUUCACGAAAAUAAAGAUGCUCUAAGCGCUUAAUAAACACCGUCGUCUCGUCGGAGUUGGCCGUUGGGAACUUAAUCGGAAGACUGAAUACCGUAUUCAAGAUGUUCCCCUAAGCAUACAAUAAAUGGAAAAACUGGAAAAAAAUAGCGAAAAUAAGAGUGAUUCACAGAGUGGAUGUGAAACUAAAAGCGACCAAGCCGAGACACAGAGUAGGAAUAUUAACAAUACCUUUACCGCUGAACAAGGUCGAAAUGAACAGACGAGGGGAGGACAGGAGUGUUGCGAUCCAACAGAUUCAGAGGAGUUCAGUAAUUCUGAGACCGGGAAAGGAGAAAGCGUCCAGCCAUAUAAAACUGCCCUUGUUCGAUCUAAUAAUCGAAGUCAAAGUGUUGAUAAUCCUAUGGUACCCGGAAUAGGAAGCGGUUCCAGUGAACAAACAAGUUCAUACUCAGCCAUCUUAAAGAAGAAUAUACCUGAACCGCAACCACCAUCACCGCAACUAACGCCGAUUGGGUUCUACCUCUUGAUCUUUGGAGACUACAGUGUUGAUCAAGCGAUUUUAAAUCUCGACUCUAGACCUAUAAUUAUGAAACCUGUCGAAGAUCAUGUUUGCGAUAACAAUCUGUUUACGUGUGUUGUACCGUUACCUUUGCCGCAGGUUAAGAAUAAUUUGACAUAUAAAUAUGGUUUCCGUGUAAAAGGACGUGAGUUCAAAAUACCAAUUUUCGAUUUCAAGAUCAAUGUGCUAAGUAAGGAGCCCGUGGCACACGUUGAAGCCAAUACUUCACCGAAGCGAGUGCGCUCGUUCAUUCACUUCGAUGUUUUCAAUUUUAAAGAAGACCUAGACUAUAUGAGCGAGACUGUUCCUAGAUCGGUGGUAUUUUACCUAAAGUGGCUACUGAAUUUUAUUUCUAAUCCCUUUGCAAUUUCCAACAUUCUUAAGCAAAUAGAAAAUUUAGACUUCACUUCGUUAGUGACGUCUGGCAAAAGCAACGUGGAAGAGUUUGUGAAAUGGAUCGUAGAACAAGUUUCCGAAAACUCGGUGACAGACCUGCAGCGACUGUAUUUAUGUAUCGUCUUAGGUCAUCUUUGCAAGAAUUCGGAUUUGUUACCUCGAGGUGGCAAAACGACAGCCAUGUGCGAUUGCCUUCUUCAGGUUUUGAACGACAGCUAUAAACCCCGCCUUCUUCCACCUUCAAAUUUAAAGACUUUGGAAAAUUUAGCCACUAUUUUGGUAGAAAGCAGCAGCAGUCCAAGUUGGCUUACCCUAGCAGCAUAUUUUUAUCCCUAUCUUGGAAUUGGUUUCAUUCUUGGUAAGAAAUUUGAAAAAUACCAAGACUACACUUAUGAUACCGAAGAAUACAAGAAGAUGAUCGAUAUGCUCCUUUCACAUAUCGAGAAAAUAGAGAGCAAAGAGCAGAGCGCCUACCAAGAUUUGCUAGAUUUGGUGAUGAAGAAAGCCCCAAGUUUGAACGAGGCUUUGAAGUUAUUCGAAGUUUCCAAAGUUAGCUGCUUCUUUGCUGACGAUGUCGAAAAGCUGAACUUCUUUGUCAAAUUCUAUGAAAAGCAAACUGCUAGCACUGAAAACGAAAACGUUGCGGCGAAAUUAAGCGAGUUUUACAAAAUUCCGGAGAAAAUUCGUCACAAGAUGCACGAUUAUCUAUUUCAAACAUUACUUGAAUACGCCAAGUCAGAUGAGGAAUUUAAUGGCGACGAUGAAGAAAAAUUUCUUCAAGCAAUCAUUUCUGAAAGAGAUUUGGCUAUGGAUCAAGUGUUUGACGUGCUGAUGGAGCUCUCCAAAUCAAAGUCCAUUCGUCGUCUAAUGAUGGUUCCUAAAAUUCUAGGCAACACGUGUUUUACAAAAAGUUGGCGUGUCAUGCCCUACGAGAAGAAGGUAAAGCUCUGUGAAUCGUGGGUGAUAACUAAUUGUGUGAACGGUUGGGUUGGUAGAAGUGUCGAUGGUGUGGAUAAGGUGAUAGCAGUUUAUGGUGCAAUUGACGCCAUAAUUCGAUCAAGUCCUAUGAAUAUCGCUAAUUCAAUUCUUGUAACGGAUCUCUCUACCGAAGUCGAAAGACGAUUUUUGAAAAAUGAAGACGCUCCUUCCCUUCUGAAAGCUUUGGCGGAAAUAAAAAGAUAUGUGCAUUUCGUCCAGGAGAGCUAUAAAUCCAAUGUAAAGAACAUAUUGAAGAAGAAGCCCAAAAAAGUGUUGAAAGAGUCAUGCACAAUUCUUAUGGAACAUUGUAGCAACAGGCUUGCCCAAGAACUAUUGUCGUUUAUCCUGGACAUCAUUGAUGUACAAGAAAUUGGUAAAGUUGGUCAAAUUAAAGAAAAUAAUUUCAAGAACAUCUUAGGUUCGUGUGAUAUUUGGAUUAUCUUCCUGAAAAUACCUGAAAUUGAUAAUAAAAAAUAUCGAAUUGGAGAGAAGAUUUGUCGAGAACUAGAUAAGCGCAUAAAAGAUGGUGACAUAUCUUUAGGCUUAUUAAAAGACGUCGACAAAAAGAAGGAAGACGUUUCGAUGCUUUGUGCCAUCUUACGAAAUGCUUCCGGACCACCAAAGUAUAACCAGGCCGAUAUCCAAAAGUUGAUUUUAGAUCAUAUCUCACGCUUGAUGCAUGUUGCCGAAGAUUCUUCCAAGAAAAUUGACAUGCUAACGUCAGCGAUCGAAUGCAGUAGUAAAAUAAUCGAAGACGUUUGUGCAGUUCCAGGAAUUGAGAGUGUCACGGAGUCGUUAAAUGAUCUUAAAAAGAUCUUGCGCACAGGUAGUGUAAAAGAUUUGGAAGAUGAAACGUCAUGGGGAGAUUUAUUGCUGUUCCUAAGCGCAGCCGAAGAUUUGCGCACAGUAGGAAAUUCUCUGUCCUUUAGGACCGUCGCUAAAAGAUGCUUGAAGAAAUUAAGUUGUGCAAGUGAAGAGGAACAGGAGAAUGCAGCAACACCAAUACAGGACUUCCAUUCACUGAUAACGUUUCUUACCACAACAGCUAUAGAACAAUUUCAAGAGCAAUGGGAUCGUGUGUUCAAAGAUCCCAAGUCACUGAAUGCGGAGACCAUGAAGACUCUACUUGGUAUUAUGAAAGGCGAAGAUCCACGUGUUAAAGAGCUCGAAAUGCUAGAAACAUACUUCGGAGAAAAGUUUUCCCCCGAGAUUAAACUUUACAUCCACGACUACAUGAAGUAUCCUCACCUCUUGGAACAAGUGCAACACUUCAUUGCUAUUCGUGAUAUAUUUGGACUGGAAGACAUCCCAAAUGAUACAAUGACGGUACUUUUACAAUUCCAAACAGUGAUGGAAAAUAGAAAUGAACCAACACCUACAUCGUUGCAUCAAUCAAUGGAAAACAUCAAACAAAUAGUCUCAGUUUUUUCUGGAGAAGAAUUAACUGGUGUGAUUAAGGAGCUGUCAACUUGCAGAGAAUUGCUUAGUUUUAUGGAAGAAAUCGUUGACGAAGACAUUCGUUUCCUAAUCGAUGCCGUUGAGGAACAUUCGGAUCAAUUUGUAUUCGAGUCAUCAGUUUCCGACCUUAUCGACGUUCAUGGAUUCCUAGCACCUUUGAUUAGGAAAAAGAAUGACAAAACGUUAGAACUCCAGGGAUUUUUAGACAUGUUAAAAAAAUCUUGCAAUGGUCAUAAAGAUAUAGAAGGAAAGAUCAAGCAGUGUAGUAUGAACGUGAACAGUCUUCGUGGGUUGUACAUGAGCAUUGCAAACCGUGGAGAGAUGACUAAAGAAAUCAUAGAAUUGCCUGAGCAGAGGAGAAUAUUCGGUGUCGCAGGAAGAUGGAAAAUGCGAAACUAAGAU